UUCCCCUCCUAGGCCUCCUUCAUUGAAUAGCCGAGCCGAGGCCGAGCAAGCAGACAUACGUGCAGAGCAGCCAUGGCUACUCUCCACAUGUUCCUCAGCAUCCUCCUCCUCUUCCUCCUCAUCUCCGUGCAGACUAUUCCUCCUACCACAGCCACAAAAGAUGAUACUCUGGCGCCAGGCCACGCAUUGGCCGUCGGCGACAAGCUCGUUUCCAGCAACGGCAAAUUCGCGCUUGGCUUCUUCCAGCCCGGCGCCGGCAACAUCAGUAGUAAGUCAUCUACCUCUCCCGGUUGGUACCUUGCCAUAUGGUUCAAUAAGAUCAAUGUCAUCACCCCCGUCUGGGUCGCCAACCGGGAGAGGCCGAUCGCCGGACCCGACCUCAGAGCGACACAGCUCCAAAUCUCAAAAGAAGGCAACCUUGUCGUCUUAAACAACGCCACCCAAUCCGUCGUCUGGUCCACCCACAUCACCGGAAACAGAACCAACGCCACCUCCACCACCACCACCAGCAGCAGGGCCAUCCUCUUGGGCAGUGGAAACCUCGUCAUAGAAAGCCCGUCAAGUGAGGUGCUGUGGCAGAGCUUCGACGACCCAACCGACGUGGCGCUCCCCGGCGCCAAGAUCGGCUGGAACAAGGUCACCGGCCUGAACCGUGUCGGCAUCUCGUGGAAGAGCCGGAUCGACCCGGGCCUCGGCUCCUUCAGUGUGGGGCUGGAAACCAAUGGCACCAGGAUGGUGAUGGUGGGGCACCGAGGCUACCCUUCCCAAGUUUACUGGUCAUGGUCGCCCGACGAGUCGCCGAUGCAGAUGCCAGCACUCCGAGCGCUGCUGAAGAUGAACCCACAGACCAGAGGGUUGGUCGUCCCGGAAUACGUCGACAACAGCGAGGAGGAGUACUACAUGUACACCUCACCUGACGAGGCCUCCUCCACAUUCCUCUCCCUCGACACGUCUGGUCAGACCAAGCUGAACGUAUGGUCGCAGGCCAACCAGGCAUGGCAGACCAUCUACGUCCAGCCCAUCGAUCUCUGCCGCUCAUACGCCACAUGCGGACCGUUCACCGUCUGCACCGGCAGCUCGCAGCCGCCCUGCGAGUGCAUGGAGAGCUUCUCCCGGACGUCGCCUCAGGAUUGGGAGAUGGGUGAUCGGACAGGAGGGUGCUCCAGACGCACUCCGCUGGAUUGCAAUGGCAACAAGAGUUCGACAGACGUGUUCCACCCCGUAGCUCGUGUCACAUUGCCCUACGGCCCCCGGAGCUUACAGGAUAUUCCUCCAACUGCAACUCGGGGCGAAUGUGAAUCGGCCUGUCUCAGCAACUGCUCCUGCACUGCUUACUCCUACCAAGACAGCAAAUGCUCUGUUUGGCAUGGGGAUUUGUUCAGUGUAAACAAGGAUGAUGCCAUCGAGAUCCGCUCUGAAUACACUCUGUACAUUCGCCUUGCCGCCAGAGAUUUCCCAAGUUCCACAGGAGAUAAAAGAAAACCAGUACUAACCGGAGUUGUUAUUGCUGCAAGCGUUAUCGGUUUUGGGUUGCUAAUGCUCAUGUUGCUACUAGUGAUCUCAAGGAACAGAUUCAGCUGGUGUGGUGUGUCGUCAAAUGCCACCAAUGAAGAUAGUGUAGGUGUUGUUGCCUUUAGAUACGCCGACUUGGGCCGUGCUACAAAAAACUUCACAGAGAAGCUGGGGGCCGGAGGUUUUGGUACUGUAUUCAAGGGAGCUUUAAGUGACCUGACUAGUGUAGCAGUGAAAAGGCUUGAGGGUGCACAUCAGGGAGAGAAGCAAUUCCGGGCAGAGGUAAGUGCACUUGGACUGAUCCAACACAUAAACCUGGUGAAAUUGGUUGGUUUCUGCUGUCAGGGUGAUAAGAGGCUACUUGUGUAUGAACACAUGUGCAAUGGUUCUCUCGACUCCCAUCUGUUCGAGAGCAAUGGCACAGUCCUCGACUGGAGCACCAGAUAUCAGAUAGCCAUCGGAGUCGCUAGAGGAUUGUCCUACUUGCAUCAGAGUUGCCACGAAUGCAUCAUACACUGUGAUAUCAAGCCAGAAAAUGUACUCCUCAAUGAAGCAUUUGUCCCGAAAAUUGCGGACUUUGGGUUAGCAUCGGUCAUAGGAAGGGAUUUUAGCCGGGUUCUAACUACAUUCAGGGGAACAAUGGGGUAUCUUGCCCCAGAAUGGCUUAGCGGGGUUGCUAUUACAUCAAAAGUCGAUGUUUACAGUUUUGGCAUGGUACUGAUGGAAAUCAUAUCAGGAAGAAGGAAUGCAUCUGUGGUACACACUAGCGGCAGCGACCAUGUUGCUUAUUUCCCUGUGCAAGCCAUCAACAAGCUUCACGAGGGACAUGUGCAGAGCUUGGUGGAUCCACAAUUAUAUGGCGACUUCAGCUUGGAUGAGGUUGAAAGAGUUUGCAAUGUAGCAUGUUGGUGUAUCCAGGAUAAUGAGUUGGACCGGCCAACAAUGGGUUUAGUGGUCCGAGUUCUUGAGGGUGUAAAGGAGCUCGAUAUGCCCCCAAUGCCAAGGCUUCUUGCGGCUAUGACAGCAGAAUGCUCCGAUGUCGCUUCCAUGUAAUAAUUCUAGUUACUUCUAAUGUCUAUGAUACUUUUAUUUGCUUCAGCAAAUUUUAUGGUUCUGGUUUGGAUCGUGUAACAGCACA